GAGCAUGCGCGGUGAGGAAACAUUGGGACUCCAUUCCAGUCUGUCACUGAGGGUUCCCUGAGCCUCGCAUCUCGAACAGCUGUCUGCUUUGAUAACUUCACCUGCUUUACAAACAAAAACUAUUUAACAUGAGCGGAGACCACGGACAAGGAGACUCUCAGGUAUCCGUUGCCCCCUUAUUCAUAUAUUUGAUCUGUUUGCGUCGAAUUCCUUUAUAUGAUAUUACUGACCUGUAUUAAACGUCAUGUUAAAAAAAUAUUUACAGAUGUCAAUUGACGUGAAGAGUUAUGAUGCUGAUUAUAUAGUUAUUGUAAAAUCUUUAAGAAUAGCAUAUAGUUUUUGAGAUAUUAUUUAGCGAAAUAUAUGUAUUUUAAUGUUCGAUUUGAAUCCAAGUUGAAACUUGAAUAACCGAGCUACCGGCAUUUGCAAAAUUCUAAUAUUUAAAACAUAUUUUUUCACAAUUUCUAGGUCAAUUCUGGAUCUAAAGGAAGCGGUAUGUACCCUGAUGAGGGUUUUUCAUUAUAUUUACUCUGGUUUCUUAUCGGGAUCAUGGUCUGUCUGCUGUUAGUUUUUAAAAGGACAGAAAUGGCGUCCCAGAGACUAAGUCCCUUUUGCUCCCCUCUCUUGCGGCUAUUGUUCAAAAAGAGGGUCUCAAAUGUACAUUUACUGCCCUCUGUUUUUUAAUCUGACGAGCUCUUCUGAAAGGGCCUGGCAUCGUGUUCGUGUUGCAUGCUUUAGUUUGCUGAAAUUAACAUGCAAUUGUGAUGAAUUUUGGAGCCGAAAGUGGCAGAAAUGGGGCUGAGGACUUAGUCUCUGCGCCAUUUUCUUUUUCUGUGUGUAGCAGCCAGGGCGCCGAUCACAGAGCCAACUGUCUGCCGUGAUAUGGAGGCGAGAGCUGGGAGCUUAUCGCCUCUCCCCGCCCGUAUCUCACCACCGGCAGCACUCUGCCUCCAUCUAUGUUUUACAGAGACUGUUAUCUGCUCUGAUAAAAGGCAAUACUUGUACACAAAUGGAACCAAAACUUUAUCUCUCAAAAAUAAAAAAAGUUGCACUAUAUGAUCAAGAGCAGAUGCCAUAAGCAGUCAUAUAUUCCAACGAAUAUUAGAGGACCUAUUUACUUCUUUGGAGUUGUGAGGUUCGUCUUUUCAGAGGCCUAAUUUUCUGCAAAGCAAAGCAGUCAGUGAAAACUGAUUUGGUUAAUAAGUGGGAUGUGUGUUACUGUAUCAUAGAGGAGAUAAUACCCGUUAUCAAGGUGCCAUGACAACAGGGCGCCACGAGGUGAUGAUCCAGCCAAGUAAGGUCGGCCUCAGGAGGGAUGUCACUCAGUAGGAGACAUUGUAAUAUAAGGAGUGAUGUGAAAUUAUUACUGUACAGUUAUUAGUUAGCUCCUCUGAGAGUGUGAAACACAUUAAUUUACCUCUAGAGAAAAACUACUUGGCCUACCUCUUUUAUUGAACUGCUGAAAUGAGGAUUUAAAAAUAGUGUAAAAAAAAAAGGUUGAUGCUCUUUUUUUCAAUACUUUCUUUAAAAAUGUUCUCCCUUUUGUACCGUAGACACUCACAAGCAUAAAGACAAGCACAGAGACAAGGAACACAGACACAAAGACCACAAGAAAGAUAAGGAACGAGAGAAAUUAAAGCACAGCAACAGGUAAGACUUCGGCAGCUUCCUCUCAUGCUUAGAAAUUGAAGACAAAACUUGAGUUGAUGUUUUUCGCAAAUCAAUGGACACACAUGUUUAUUUACACUCACACUAAUUCUAAUGUGCAAAAUCUGGCUGUAGUUCCAUUGUUACCAUUGCCUCAUUUGUUGUUAUCCUACCUGUGUUUUAUUUUGGCCUCAUUAUUAUCUCUGAUUGUAGCUGUAUAAUGAAUCAAAUCAACAGACCUUUCAAGCACAAAUUGUCCUGUAGAUAACUAAACAUGGAAGAGGCACUCAGGAGAUUAUUACGAUUACUAUUUAAUCAUACAGCACAUCCCACUUUUAUAAGGGACUUCAGCGGGCCUUAUUUGAACUGUUAUUGUUGGUUAAAAACUGGUUAUAUUUUGUGAUUGUACAUCUGGCUUAAGACUGACCCCUUGUACUUGACCUCUGACACAUGCUGCAUCUUUGUUCUAGUGAACAUAAGGAGCACUCUGAGAGGAAGCAUAAAGACAAAGAGAAGCUGAAGCACAGUGACAGCGGCUCUGACAAGCACAGGGAAAAACACAAAGAGAAAGACAGGGACAAAGAGAAGAAGAGAGAAGAGAAGGUUUGUUAACGGGCUGUUUGGUGUUCAUGAAUGACUUUAAAGGCCUUUGGUGUUAAUCUGACUGUAUGGAAAAGUUAAGACUGUUGGAAAAUUGCUUGAAAUUGAUAUCCCUCUAAUAGAAAUAUAUGCUAAUAUAUUUUGAUUGUUUUUUUAAGAUCAAAUCAUCGCAUGCAGAUAAGCCAAAAAAGGAGAAAGAAAAUGGAUAUAUGAGGUAAACAGCAUCACUUUGUUGGUUCUUUUAUGUGAAACAAAUUUAAUCAGGAUGUAUUUACUCUAAAGUGAUAUUAACUGUGAUUUUAUCCUGUUUAUUGUCUGCACUGUUUGAUCUAGAGAGACGAGUCCUGCUGCUAUUAAAAGUGAGCCUGAGGAAGACAAUGGCUUCUACCCCUCCCCCCAACACAAUAAGACCUCCAAACGAGAGCACGAUGACGAAGAGUGGGUAUCAUGCAAAUGUUCACUGUCACGGUCACGACUGUAAACUUAGAUGAAGUUACAUUAACGAUAUAUUUGUCCACAGCUCUGAAUACAAACCCAAAAAAGUCAAGACAGAGCAAGACAAGAAGGCCAAGAAGAGGAAAUAUGAGUAUGAAGAGGAUGAGGAGGUAAUCAUUGUAACAACUUUUAGAUUCAAAUAUUUUUUAUUGUUUGUGUUUCCAACUUUUAUUCUGCGCAUUUCUUGUGUUUCAGGAUAUUAAGCCCAAAAAGAAGACAAAAGACAAAAAGGGGACUGAUGGAAAGAAAGGCAAAAAAGAAGAAGAGGAGAAGUGGAAGUGGUGAGUCACACAGAGAGAAAGUUGAUAUAAGUUUGAAGAAGAUAGCAGUGUUUCCGUGUUCUUGUAUUUUCUUGUUCCUUAUGCUGGUCAGGUGGGAGGAGGAGAGAUCCACAGAUGGCUCCAAAUGGCGCUUUCUUGAGCACAAAGGUCCUGUGUUUGCACCUCCAUAUGACCCACUGCCCGACAAAAUCAAAUUCUACUACGACGGUGAGUCUGUUUUUGAGAACUGUAAGUCAACCAAACUUUUUUUGUUGAAAUCUAAAAUGUGAUUUUUCUGUAUUUUUAGGUAAACAGAUGAAACUAAGUGCUCCUGCUGAGGAAGUAGCAACAUUUUUCAGCAAGAUGUUGGAUCAUGAGUACACCACUAAAGACAUCUUCAGGAAGAACUUCUUUAAAGACUGGAGGAAGGUGAGAGUAUUGAAGUUAAAGGAACAAAGUGUUCAAGCAUAUGAGCUGGACAUUAAAUCAAUAUUGUCUCUUAUUUUAGGAAAUGACGUCAGAGGAGAAGUCAAAAAUCACAGACCUGAACAAGUGUAACUUCAGUGAUAUGAAUGAAUACUUUAAGGCUCAAUCUGAAGCGAGGAAACAGAUGUCAAAGGAGGAAAAACAGGUAUCCCUGGUUUUCAUGUUUACUCUUCCCAGCUUGAGAGCAUGAGGGAAUCUGUCAUUAUGUUGUUUAUUACUCUGUAGAAAAUCAAAGAGGAGAAUGAGAGAAUCCUUCAGGAGUAUGGUUUCUGCAUCAUGGACAACCACAAAGAGAGGAUUGGAAACUUCCGCAUCGAGCCGCCGGGCCUCUUCCGUGGACGUGGGGAUCAUCCGAAGAUGGGCAUGCUGAAACGACGCAUCAGACCCGAGGACAUCAUUAUUAACUGUAGCAAGUAGGUACUCUCACUACAGUCGUGUCGGAAUGUUUUCCAUUUUGGCUCUGAUGCAAAUUUGUGUCCAGUUUAUGUUUUUACCACAGGGUGGCGCUGGCAAACCACUUUAAAUGAGGUUAAGUGCCAGCAGGACUUGUCAGAGGAAUAUAAGGAAACUUAAAGCACACGUGUGCUGGUCCUCCUGCGCCUCUCCGUCUCUAUUCAACCUUUCUUUUGUUGUUUUUGUCUUUGCUAACCACCAUGCUGUGCUGAAAUGAGUCAUUUUCAGUGGAGGAAUUUUCUGUCUGUCUCUCAUUUCAAGCCACAAAGAUGGUGGGCUUGAAUGUCAGAAACUUAAGGUAGCAGAAGGCUUAUUCGUAGCAUUUAGUUGUCAUCACAGAGGAAUAAAUGUGCUAAAAGUGGCUUGUAUGUUGGCUGUAUUGCUGACAUGCACUCACACACAUGCCGGCACUGUGUCAAAGGUAAUCUUCCUGUCAGAGUACGCUGUGUGUGCAAACAAUAACAUGGCCCAGAGAGGGCAUGUCCACCCCCCCACCUACUGUUCACGGCAGGCUUUCCUCAACAGAAUCUCUGUGCAUUUUUGCCUCAUAGCAUCAGUGUUCACAGCCCAAGCUAGUCUCGAACUAGAACCUGAGAAAUGUAACAAGCGUUCACACAUUGAAGAAAAGCUGUCAGCUCACUGCGCACCUGUUUAAUGUAAAAAUGCGUCUUGCUCUGCAGGGAUUCCAAGCAUCCCAAACCCCCUCAGGGGACUAAAUGGAAGGAGGUGCGCCACGACAACAAGGUCACCUGGCUGGCGUCUUGGACAGAGAACAUCCAGGGCUCCAUCAAGUAUAUCAUGUUGAAUCCUAGCUCUAGGAUCAAGGUAGCUCUGUGUGCACACCUUUAACUCUCUAAUGCCAGCCUGUAUACUUUAUGAGUGUAAAUGUUUCAUAUUUUGAGGAAGAAUAAGGGUCUUUCUUUUACCUGUUUGGUUAAAAUGUUCCUGUGCGUGUGUGUGUUUGUGUGCAGGGGGAGAAGGAUUGGCAGAAAUAUGAGACAGCUCGGCGGUUAAAGAAGUGUGUGGAUCGCAUCCGUACCCAGUAUAGAGAGGAUUGGAAAUCCAAAGAGAUGAGGAUCAGACAGAGAGCUGUGGCGCUGUAUUUUAUUGACAAGGUGAGGAGAAAAAUUCACUGCUUAAUGUUUCACCAAAGACCCUCCAAUUAAGAUUUUAUUGACUUUAGAGUAGUAGUAAAAAUCCUAAUUCUCACAUGUGUGGUGUUAUCCCAUAGCUUGCACUAAGAGCAGGUAAUGAAAAGGAGGAAGGGGAGACGGCUGACACAGUUGGCUGCUGCUCGCUGCGGGUGGAGCACAUCAAACUGUACCCCAAGAUAGACGACCAGGAGUAUGUGGUGGAGUUUGACUUCUUGGGGAAGGACUCGAUCCGUUACUACAACAAGAUCCCUGUGGAGAAGAGGGUAAGAAAGAGAAGAGAGGAGUAGGUAUAAGCUACAAUAAGAGUGCAAUGCUGUGAUUGUAUGUGCUUUAAUGAGGCUUGUAUGCUGGGCGGGUUCUUGACAAGUAUGUGUUAAUGAGAUAAGAAGUUGCUACACGGAGGAGGAUGUUUGUACAGACAGGUGAUCAGGCACUAAAAGCUUUCCGUCAGCUCUGCUGUAGAGGGUGGGCUGCUUCCUGCUAUUACCAGAGUGUACAGACACACAAAGACACACUUAUGCACACACACACACACACACACCCACAUGGUUGACAUGUUCUGUUUCAAGUCACAUUUUCGACAACUUGCCUCACAACCUAUUUGGUAACUAUUCCACACCUGCAUGUCGACGUGUGAAAAACAAACUAAAGUGUAAUAAUUCAACAGCACUUGUCAUAUGAGCAGAAAUUGUUAAGCACCCCCUGCUGGCAGAAAUGUGUCGGUGCACUCAGUAAUACUGUUAGUGUGGAGUGUUGCAUGUUGGUGAUUUAAUGUUAAAUUAAUUUUAGCUCAUUUUUUCAAUCAGGUCUUCAAAAACCUGCAGCUGUUCAUGGAGAACAAGCAGCCUGAAGAUGACCUCUUUGACAGACUGAAUGUAAGACUAACACACCCUCUGCUACAGUUUAACUGAACUCUUUGCAUUGAAUUUUUUUAACCCUUUCUCCUCUUUGUCUUCUUUGCAGACUUCUAUUCUGAACAAGCAUUUACAGGAGCUGAUGGAUGGCCUGACAGCAAAGGUGUUUCGUACCUACAAUGCCUCCAUCACCCUGCAGCAACAGCUCAAACAACUCACCUGCUGUGAGUAACGUCGGCUUUGGCCGGUCACAUGCUGCACACUUGAAUGACACUCACGUAACCAUGAGUCACAUAAUUUGCAGCAAAGAAAAGUGUCUCAACAGGCGAAACUGGGUGGCUGUGUAGUGUUUAAUAUGCGUCUGAAAGUCUGACCAAUGAGCAGUGUCAACUAAAUGUUUGAGGAUAUCACAACAGUGUGUAAAGUUUAUUCAGAAAAAGUUUCAACGCUUGUUCCUUCUUGAUAUUAAAGCAGGAUAGUAAGAUAAAAUAUAAAAGGUAUCAUUCAUUAUUAGUUUAGGAAUAAGCAAAGACAAAAUUAAAGUCCCUUCUUUCUCAGUCAGAGCUAUAAUGAAAUCUAUUCAGUAAGAUAAGAACUGAAAGGACUGAACAACAAUCACUGCCAAAACAGUUGCUUUUUUUGAGGCCUAAACAUGCCUGAAAACCUACACAUCAGGCAUGCAUAAUCUACACAAUUAACUAGUCUAUUAGUUUAUUUUGCUUUUUAUUCAUUUAUCUCAUUAUUAUGUUUACUCUAUAGUGACUUUUUAUUUUAUUUUAUUUUUAUUUAUUUAUUAUAAUAAUAAUUAUUAUAUAUAUUUAUAUUUAUAUUUAUAUUUAUAUUUAUAUUUAUUAUAUUUAUAUUUAUUAUUAUUAUUAUUAUUAUUAUUAUUAUUAUUAUUAUUAUUAUUGUUAUUAUGUAUUUAUUUUUUAUUAUUUUUUAUAUCUAUUUCUCUACCUAUCUAUCCAUCUAAUUUUAUAUUUAUUUUUAAUUUUUCUUCCCUGUGAUCAAAUUUGAUGUUACCCCCGGGACAAGGGUAGGGGCAAGGGUGGAUUAAUGGAAAUGUAAUGAGUUAAACAAAAUAAAACAUUGAUCACAAAAAAAAAAUAAUAAUAUGCUGAAUAGCGCCCCCUAAAGUUCUCAAAAAGCACUCCUUGAAGUUUUUUUUUUUCACCUUCGUGCAUGAAAUUCACAGGGUACAUGCAUCAUGUCAAGACCUAUAAAAAGUGUCUUUCCUCCACACCCUAAACCCAACAGGGAGUCGGCAAAUUUGAGUAGAAGGUCAAAAUUUGACCUAAUUUUACUGAUCUUUAGGGUGUCUAUUUGUAAAAAUCUGUCCUAAGGGUUUCCACCAAUCGUCUCCAAAUCUGCACAAUGUGUUCUCGACAGAUUGAGGAUGAUUAGUUGCUCAAAGCUCAUCAGUGGGUGUUGCUGUGGCGACCCUUCAAAGAUGGAUGCUUGGCCAUGAAACAGGAAGUACAUUUUAUCACAGUCGUGCAUGCUUCAAUCUCAGCCAUGUGCACCACACAUAAUAAGGGUCCAGGCCUGAAUACAUUCAUAAGGCAAUAUUUCAUCCCAGUCACCCCUCAGUUGUGCAGAAAAUGCUGUGCUAAACCUAUAGGAGGACAUCAAAAAUAACCCUAACAUUCAUAAUAAAAUAAAAUCAUAGACUUGACAUGCAAUUUACUGAGAAGUCUAGAACCACAGAACCACAGAAAUAUCUAGGUCAGUAUUUUUAAAUGAUAGUCUUCUAAACUACCUCUCCCAUUUUGUGUGAUUGCCUGCGGGGCUGCAGCUGAUGAAAACAUCCCUGCCAAGAUCCUGUCAUACAACCGAGCCAACCGAGCUGUGGCCAUCCUCUGUAACCACCAGAGAGCUCCUCCCAAAACAUUUGAGAAGUCCAUGCAGAACCUGCAGACCAAGGUAAACCUCUUUGUCACACCUUUCUGGAGAAAAAGUGUUGUCAUUUUCUCAACCCGAGUUCACUCAGUGUUGUGGUUGCAGAUCGACGAGAAACAGAAUCAGCUGUCAGCAGCCAGGAAGCAGCUGAAGGCAGCCAAGGCUGAUCACAAGGCCUCCCAUGAUGACAAAAGCAAAAAGUAAGAGCUAGUGUGAGAGUCAGUCCCAGUUUUAUCUCUUACUUACUUGCACCUCCUUGUCUCAAGUGGGAUGUAAGGCCACAAAGUUUCAUCUGUGCAGACUCCUCUUUUCUGUCUGUAUUUAUUUUUACUCCUACCUCUGUCUGUCUUUGUGUGUCUCUCAGGACUGUGGAGGUGAAGCGCAAAGCUGUCCAGAGGAUAGAGGAGCAGCUGAUGAAGCUACAGGUGCAGGCCACAGACAGAGAGGAAAACAAGCAGAUCGCUUUGGGCACUUCAAAGCUCAACUACCUGGACCCACGCAUCUCUGUUGCAUGGUACUUAUGCCACACAAACAACUUUGAGUUAUUUAAUCACAGGAACCACAAAUUUAAAUAAAAAAGUGACAGAAAAUGAGUAUACCGCCUACUGUUUAAUAGGCCUGUCUUUCUCUGGGUGGGUGUAUAUCUACCUUGGUGACAGAAAGGCAGGAAAUGCUCUUGCAUAGUAGGAAAAGGAGCAGCACAAGCAAAAAAGCUAGCCGCUGCAGAAGGAAAAUAAGAGGAAGAAAAGCGUGUGAGCACCAGGAACAAUGGGGUUUGUUUCUGAAAGCCAGGGAGCGUCCCCAAACAGCACUCCUUCCUCCAUGUGUGAAGUCAAUGAGGAGCUGUCUGUGGCCGAAUGGCAGGCCAGGCCACAGAGACGGAGGGGAACAGAGGUCUGCCCUCCCUAACCCAUGCCCCACUGCUAUUUAUGGAGAGCCUACUCCUUAAGCACAAUGGAUACAGGAAUGCUCUGUGUUUUGCCUGAUUGUAAGGCGUAAGGGACGGGGACCCCGCUUGUUGGGUGGUGCAUGGGAACCUGCUCUACGCUGCUGUUUUAUGUGCGCGAGUAAACGUAACACAAAAUGAGAUCAGGUUAAUCCUUUCUGGAUUACAGAUGUUAUUAUAUUUUAAUAACCUCCAAAAUAAUUUACCAGGUUAAACCUACAUACCAGAUACAUUACAUAACCAGAUUAAGAUGAAAAACUGUCUGGUUUGCGUUUGGUUAGCUGCAAGAUAUGUUCUUAAAGCUCCAGUGAGGAAUUUUUAGCUGGUAGUGAAACAGGCUGAAAUUAAUACUGACGCCUCCAAAUGGGCUAAAAAAAGUAUAUAUGACCAUCAGAGAGAGGAUUGAUUAUUUACUAAUUGUUGUUAUGAUAUGUUUUUCACCUCUGCCGCAGGGAUAGUGCCAGAAAAGAUGAUCAACAUUGCGCUGUCAAAACAGACUUUCGAACAAUUUACAUAGCGAAAGUCAUUGUGAUUUGUAAGUUUGAAUUUAAAAUGAAAGAAGGAAAAGAUUUUUGCUUUUUUUUUUUUUGGUCAGGAAAAUAUUAUUUACUCGAGGACGGGACAAAAUCAGCAGGAAGAUUUAUCGUCCCUCUUAGCCCAGAGGGGGGCGCCAAAAUCAACUCAACCUGAGGGGUUACCUUAAAGCCAAAAAUGAUUUUUUUUCUUUCCUCUUUUUGUCCAUUGUUUCCAUCAACCACAUAAACUGUAUGCUGUGCCUUGUCCUCAGGAUUUACAGUAUUUUACUUUAAUUAAAAAAAAUUAGCUAGACAGGUUUUAUAAAAUAUGUCUCGUAUAUGCUUAGUCUUCUGAGAACUUCCAAGAUUGGGAAAUUUGAGCAUUGAUGGGAAGAUUAACAGCAUUAUUUCUCUCUCUCUCUCUCUCUCUCUCUCUCUCUCUCUCUCUCUCUCUCUCUCUCUCUCUCUCUCUCCAGGUGUAAGAAGUGGGGCAUUCCCGUUGAGAAGAUCUACAACAAAACCCAGAGGGAGAAGUUUGCCUGGGCUAUCGACAUGGCCGAGAAGGACUAUGAGUUUUAAACACACUCCUCGUUUGACCUUGUCCAUCCAUGCCUUUGAUUGUAAAGAUGGUCUGUAGCUGAUGUCAAAUAUUCCACAGUGUGGCUACUGCAGGGUUGUGAAAGAGGAAGGCUUUCUAAGAGCUGUGACCACUGUCUAAUAAUUGUGGUGUGUAUAUAGUUUGAUUGUGAAUAUAGGAACAUAACUCCUGAUCCAUUUGACCAACCUGCCAGAGGGUGUCUCUCUUUUAAAACAAAGUUAUAGUAGUGUGUAUGUAGCUGCAGCUUCCUGCCCAUGACCGAACAAUAAUGACAAUAACUGUAGUAUGGUUUGUCAGAUAUGACUGUACUGAGAUUUGUAAGCCAUCAGACUUAUUGAGAAAUUAUAUAUUCUCUUACAAUAAUGAAUUAAUUGAUGUUUGUGUGGGAGAAAGUAAGGAACAUCAGGAGAGAUGAUGGGAUGAAUUUAAUUUGUAGGAUUUUAACGUGUGUGAGAUUAUUACAAUGACAGACUGAUGACAGUGUGAAGAACAAAAACCCCAGCACUACUCACUUAAGAUUUUAGCGCACUGAAUGUCAUUUUACUUUUCCACACUGUUUGAGUUCACUGUUUAUUUCAGGGAUGUACAUAUUUCUUGUCACAUUUCCGUGAAAAACGAUCAAGUGUUUUAUAAAAACAUGUGCUGUAAGCAUCGUCAACAUACAAAGCUCUUUAUUGCUCAUAUGCAACUCCAGUGUAGAUGUCCGCAGUGUUGCAGUGAAAAAGACGUGACAUUCCUCUUUGUUACUUGAAACUUACUGAAGAACUGCAUAAUGUUUUGUGUGCAAGAGCCAAAAGAGUCUGUGACAGACACUGUUUUUGGGGAGGGAUGUGAAUUUCACCAAAAAGGAUCACAGAAGUCUAUUAUUGUGGUGUGAGAUUUUUUUUUGUUUUGUAAUGCUGUGAUUAAGCAGGAAGUGUCCUCCUUACAUGAAUUUCAUAAUGUGAAUGGAUUCUAUAAACUUUUGUCAUUAAUAUUUCUUGCAAUUUGAUCAUGUAUCACUCAACUUCGGAUGGGUUGAAUGCUUCUUGUUUUGAGCUUUGUAGUUUUCAGAAUAAAACAUCAACCUUGUAA